AACAUCAUGAAGUACCGCUAAUCCACUUCACCUGAUUUCUGAAAUCAAUUUCUAAGACCUGUUUAAAGUUGUAACAGCUGUGAUAAAGUUGCUACGUGUCGUUUUCAAAGAAGGUUUUAACUUCACUUCUAGCCACCAAAAAGUGAAACGAAAUGCGUAAGCUUCGAGGAGGACAGACGAAAGAAUCGCGCAAACAGCGCCAGGAACGCAAGGAAGAGAAUUUGAAAAUUCAGCAACAGUUGAAAACAAUAGUACUGCCUACUGUCGUCGUGAUUUUCUUGUGCAUAGUAGUGUACGUAUUUCUAAAAACUCGUCCACGGUACGAAGAGCUGUAGUGAAUAUUAGAUAGCAAACAAAUAGGAUAAUGUUCUACGGCGACCUUAACGUUUAUGUUUCUGCCAAUGCGAGUCUGCAUUUCGACGAAGUUUCGCUGCGGAGCUUAUGUAAAAAUGCAAUAUUUUUCAACAGUCACAAUGAAAUGAAAGA